GCGCAUGCGCCAGGCAGGGGCGUUGUCCAAUGUGCUUGCGAGCGUAUUCUACCGGGCGAGUUGGCAGACCUGCAGAGGAACUGUCAGCCUCCAGUACCUUCUGUUGUAGCCUGAUUACCAAAGCCUGCCAAUGAAACCACAACCAUGUGCAAUAAUCUAAUUACAUCCUUGUUGAAGACAAUACAUUGUAUCUAGCAGCCCCAUUAGCUACUACUUUCAAUUUGUCUAUGGUAGCCUAUCUACAACAUAGCCAUGAACAUCAGAGUGACUGUAACAAUAAAUGCAGUGUUGCCAGAAGCUGUUAAAAGUAGUGGAAACAAGUGGAAAAAUCAUUUCUUCAAAAUGAAAGGGGGAUAUAGGGAUGGCUUGAAGCACCAAAAAGGAAGAAACAAGGGGUCAUUACACAGCAAAGAUGCACAAAGCUACAUGACACCAUCCCUAUAUCUUUGUCUCAUAUUAAACUUUACUUCAAGGUAAGCUGUUGCAGAGUGGAAAUGACGGAAACGUCAAGCGCGGCUGGACGACCACUUU